AUGCGGCCCGGCUCCGUCUUCGGCCUGACGACGCUCGGACUCGUGAGUCGCACGAGCAUGGACGACCGGCUCGGCGACGGCCCGCCGCUCUGGGAAGGCGAGCAGCAGUUUCACGCGUUCCUCGGCUACGCGCUCCUCACGGCCAUGGCGGCGGCGUGCGCCGCGCUGAGCCUGGGCGCCGUGGCCCCGUACGGCCGCUACGCGGACGCGAAAGCGUUGGGUAUUAGUGAUUGGGGGCCAAAGGUACCAGCACAACUAGCGUGGUGCCUCCAGGAGCUGCCUUCCCUAGUAGUGCCGCUCGUCUGUCUGGUGCGGCCGGGCUGGGGCCCGGCUUCGGCGACGAACGGCGUCCUGCUGCUCUGCUUUUUGGCGCACUACGCGAAUCGGGCCCUCGUCUAUCCUUUGAGGAUAAGAGGCGGCGCGCCGACGCCGCUCUACGUCAUGGCCUCCGCCUUUACGUUUACCUUGGUCAACGGCUACCUCCAGGCGGGCGCGCUCGGCGGGCCCUGGGCGUCAGCCGUGCCCGGCGACGCGGCCUUCGGCGGCGGCGUUCUGCUGUUUCUUGCCGGCGCCCUCGGCAACGCCUACCACGACGCGCUCCUGCGGGCGCUGCGGGAGCCGGGCGAGACGGGCUACAAGGUACCGACUGGCGGCCUCUUUGAUUACGUGUCGGGCGCGAACUACUUGUGUGAGAUCGUGUGCGGAAAUCAAACUCACGCCCCUGACACGCCAUCGACGCGACUUUCGCUUGGUGCGUCACCGGUCGAUUGCCGCAGGCGAGAUCGUCGAGUGGGCUGGGUUUGCCAUCGCCUGCCGGACGCCCGCGGCCCACAUCUUCGCGUGGUGCGUGAUUUUUAAUCUCGCGCCGCGGGCGGUGUCGCACCACGCCUGGUACCGCGAAAAGUUCGGCGACGCGUAUCCGGCUCAACGAAGGGCGCUCGUGCCGUUCCUGUUCUGA